UCUCUCUCUCUCUCUCUCUCUCAAAAUAAAAAAAACUUCCUUUCUCCAUCAAGCCUUCUUCUUCUCCCCCCCUCUCUCAUCAAAAAUCCAAACCAAAAGUUCCGAUCUCAUCAUGAACAACAAGAAGAACCCAGAUCAGAAACCAGAGAUGCCACCAUCCUCAUCCUCCCCGAAGAAACAAACCCUCUUCAUCUCCUCCCUCAUCCUCCUCUGGUACACCUCCAACAUCGGCGUCCUCCUCCUCAACAAGUUCCUCCUCUCCAACUACGGCUUCAAAUUCCCCAUCUUCCUCACCAUGUGCCACAUGUCCGCCUGCGCCAUCCUCAGCUACGUCUCCAUCGUCUUCCUCAAGCUCGUCCCCCUCCAGCACCUCAAAUCUCGCUCCCAGUUCAUGAAGGUCGCGACCCUCAGCAUUGUCUUCUGCGCAUCCGUCGUCGGUGGGAAUGUCUCUCUCCGUUAUCUUCCCGUUUCGUUUAAUCAGGCUGUUGGCGCUACGACGCCGUUUUUUACGGCGCUGUUUGCGUAUCUCAUGACGUUUAAGAGAGAGGCUUGGGUCACGUAUGGUGCUCUCGUCCCCGUUGUUACCGGUGUUGUGAUCGCUAGUGGGGGUGAGCCAGGUUUCCACUGGUUUGGGUUCAUUAUGUGCAUUAGUGCAACCGCGGCAAGAGCUUUUAAAUCUGUUCUUCAAGGCAUCUUACUUUCUUCCGAGGGAGAAAAGUUGAACUCGAUGAACUUGAUGCUGUACAUGUCCCCUAUAGCAGUCAUUGCGCUUCUACCCGUCACGAUUGUUAUGGAACCAGAUGUGAUGAGCGUGACUCUAUCGCUCGCCAGACAACAUCAGUACAUGUGGAUACUUCUUUUGGUGAACUCUGUAAUGGCUUAUUCAGCUAACUUGUUGAACUUUUUGGUUACCAAGCACACAAGCGCGCUUACCCUCCAGGUUCUUGGAAACGCUAAAGGAGCGGUUGCGGUUGUGAUCUCGAUCUUGCUUUUCCGAAACCCGGUCACGGUGAUGGGGAUAGGCGGGUACAGUAUAACAGUGCUUGGGGUUGUUGCAUAUGGAGAGACUAAACGCAGGUUUAGAUGAGCGCAGUGACUCCGGUUUUACUUCCUAUCUGAUGGAACUUUUUAACGUUAUAUACUUUAGAGAUAAUAUAUACAUCCUAUCUCAUUCUCAUUUUUGUAUCUAACCUACAGACCUUUAUAUAUAUAAACAUAACGCAUUGAGUUAGA